AUGGACGGCUUCUCGCAAUGGCCUGGCCAGCAGAACGCACAGCAGAGCUUUGACGAGGCGAACAUCGACCCGAGACUACUAAACAAUGUCGGGAGUUGGCCGAACUCUGAAGAGAGUCACAACAGCACAAGCGUCCCGACGGUAGAGCAGGCCGUGCAAGAUGUUGACCGCAGCGUCAAUGUCGACGUCGAAAUGACAUAUGCUGAACCGACUGACCUUGCUCAAACACAAACCCCCUUCCCAACGCCUGCGACACACGACGGAGGACAAUGGCACACAGUUCAGACACCACGGCACAAGUACCCUACACGCCAACAGCAACAUAUGCUACCGACUCCCGAUACGUCCUCUCUUUCACAUCAACGCGGACAGACUUCGAGCGCAUAUCAUCAGAAUACUCCUGCCUGGCAAUCCAACAACCCUUACAGCCUGUUGGGUGUUGACACUGCCCAUAUCCAUCAGCAACAAGACUUCGCAGGGGGAAAUGCCAUCGAUGAACACGGGAACCUCACACCUAUAUCACAACAGCAAGCCCAAGCUGGAUUCUUCGACAACGCCUACGUAGCACCGUCACCUUUGACCGGGCGCGGACCGACUCACGAUCCAUUCGCACAGCCAACGCAAGACCACAUGGCCCUCGCGGCCGAUUUCCACGGCUGGCAGCACCCCAACGUCCCGCCCACAGAGGACAUGUACACCUGGGCCCAGGGCGCCUACAACGUGGGCACAUCUGACAACUUCCCAACCCCGCCACCCCAACAAACCCCCAGCAACAACAAAAAGGGAAAAAAGAAAGCCUCCGCCCGCAGCGGUCUCAGCACGGGAACAUUCCUCUGCGAGACCUGCGGCAAAGCGCACGACAGCAAAAGCGAGCGGGACCACCACGCGCGCAACCACGACCCCAGCAAGCGCACGAAGCUGUGCAGUAUCUGCAGCAAGCCGUUCCUGUUCGACAAGGAUGUCAAGAGGCAUAUGAAGACGCAUGAGAAGGAGCGGCAUAUCUUUUGUAAUUAUAUUGAUUGUCCGUUUCGGCAUAAGGGGUUUAAGAGGAGGGAUCAUUUGGUGAGGCAUGUCAGGCAGAAGCAUAAGCAGGAGGAGGAGUAG